CUUGAGCCGUCGGUUUCGCACGAUUUGCAAGCAAGAAUACGAACAAACUCAUUUUCUAAUAACGUUCUUAUUAAUGUGACAUUACGCGAGUGCGCCAAGUCCAGCUUUCGAUCUUGUAAGCCAACCGGAUUUCUGAAUAUCUGAAUACAAAAAAAGAAAUAAAAGUUUAGCAGAACGUGGAACCAGACAGUGAUAUGAAGAAGACGAAAACAAACGCUUCCGAAUAUGCACACGUGAAUACCAAGCAAGUUCCUAACGGUAAGGACGAUCAUGUCGAUUCUAACGCAAGUGUGGACGCCGUGCAGGCCGCGAUUGGCAAUCUCGGCAGGUGGCAAAUCAUCAUCUGCCUGGCGAUGUCUUUGGUCAAAUUUCCGGUAGCGUGGCAUCAAUUAGCGAUCGUUUUUAUGGCGCCUCAUCAAGAUUACAACUGCACAGAACCUGCUACUACAGAGGAAUAUUCCAAGGACCAAUGCACAGCCAAUGUUAACGGCACCCUGAUAAAAUGCACGGAAUGGGAAUACGAUAGGACAAUAUUUCCCGAGACCAUUAUAUCACAAUGGAAUCUGGUCUGUGAUCGAACGCAUUAUGCAAAUAUUCAACAGUCCAUUCUUAUGUUUGGAAUACUUCUCGGCAACAUAAUCUUUGGCAGUUUAGCAGACAGAUAUGGCAGGAAAACGCCGCUGAUAGUUUCUAUUGUUCUUCAACUUUUGUCAGGUAUUGGAUGCGCCGUGGUACCUUGGUUUUACGCAUUAUUACUAUUGAAGUUGUUAAGUGCCUUAGCCACUGGAGGCACGAUGGUUACUAGUUACGUUAUCUGUAUGGAAAUAGUAGGUACAAAAUGGCGUGCCGCCAUCACCGUUUUAUAUCAAGUUCCAUACAGUUUAGGCCAUAUGUCGCUGGCAGGACUCGCAUUCUGGUUUCGACAUUGGCAACAACUACAGAUUGCCAUCACACUUCCAUCCAUUAUUCUUUUAAGUUAUUGGUGGAUAAUACCUGAAUCACCCAGAUGGUUACUAGCUGUGGGAAAGCAGAGAGAAGCAUGCGAGAUAUUGCGAAAGGGGGCCAAUGUUAAUAAAGUGGAAAAUAUAGACAUUCCCGAAAUAGUCAGGAAACAUUGCUUGCACCAGAAUCUUAAGAAAUCUACUCUAGAUUACAAGGCUUCGUUUUUCGACUUGCUUCGCACGCCGAACAUGCGAGUGAAGUCAAUCUCUAUUUUCUUUAACUGGAUGGUUUGCGGAAUGGGUUUGUUUGGCAUAUCACAGUACAUUGGUCAGGUCGGUGGCGAUAUUUUCAUUAAUUUCGCAGUAUCCGGUGCCAUACAGAUUCCUGGGAAUUUCGUCGCUUGGUGGGCAAUGAAUGCAUUGGGUCGACGGAUUACCCUGAUUUGCAGCAAUUCUAUAAGCGGUGUAGCCUGUCUAUUCUUAAUCUUCGUCUCAAAUGAUAUGGCAUGGCUAAGACUGCUCUUGGCAUGCAUCGGUCUUGUCGGCAUGUCGGUGUCAUUUACAACAGUCUACCUUUUCUCCGGAGAACUGUUUCCUACAGUCGUGAGAAACAUCGGAAUCGGCGCGAGUAGCAUGUGUGCUAGAGUAGGCUCUAUCUUAGCACCCUUUGUAGUGUCUUUGAAUUACUUCGAAACGUGGCUAUCACCCACUAUAUUCGGAAUCUUGCCAUUGAUUGGGUCCUCAUUAUGCCUAUUAUUACCGGAAACUGCCGGAUGUACAUUACCGGAAACGCUUCAAGACGGCGAAGAAUUCGGGAAGAAGCGUAAGUUGAAAGAAAAACGUGGAGAUUUUGAAGCAGAAGCGACAAUCUAAAGAAAAACUACCAUCACAUAUUUCAGAAAAAGUGCGAACGCACAUCGCGCGCAAACGCGUAUUGAAUUAAAUUAUCACAAGUGACCCGAGUGUUAUUCAAGCGCUAGGAUAAAGCGAACAUAUAUUUAGAAAUCUUAUUUAUUAUAUUACGAAAGUAAUUACUUUCGUAAUAUUAGCAAAAUUCGCUCUAUGAUUAUUCAUCUUGUCACGCGCGUUUCUAUAACUCAUAUUUUUCAUAAUAUUAUAAUUUAAAGCUGACAUUUUAUAGAAAAUAUAACAAAAAAUAUUUUUAGAAAAAUAUAUGAUAUUAUUACUGCGUUCUUCAAGAAAUUCUGAAGAAAGACGUAAGGUUUAGCAGCAAGUAUUAAUUAUAUAUUUUUACUGCCAAACGAAUAAGUAUACGUAUAAGUUUAUACAUGAUUAAUGAUUAUCAUAUAAGAUCUUUUACUGAAUGUUUAUGUAUAUAAAUAGAAAUUUGUUU